AUGGCGACACAGCAGGAUCUCCAGGAGCUUCUGCGGCUGCAGACAGCCCGGAAGAUGCCCAUGAAGGAUGCGAUGGCACAGAUCAAGGCAUUGCAGUCGGUGAGCCUUCGGAGUAUUCAGCAGAUAGCCGAUGCUCCCCUCCCGACCGUCGAGUCCGCUCUCCAAGACGGCAAGGCUGCACGUGCCCUUCAGAAUGCUUGUAAAGCACACCUGAAGCGCAUGCAGACCUCGCCGACCUCCGCAACUAGCAAGCGCCAGCUUGCAGGGUCGACAGGCCAAGCAGAUCAGGCCAAGAGGGUCAAAUAUUCUGGAAGCGAAGGCUUCCUGCUCGGGCCGACCGAUUUGACCCCGCAACAGCUCGAAGCCUCUCUCGCGCUGCCCCUCGAUACGGACGAAGACCGCAUCGCGCAGACGGCUGUGCAGACCAACCGCGCCCCGCUGGUGCUCGCCUUUGCCGUCGAGCUGCUCCGCCACACGAUGCCCGAGCAGCCGCCCUCCAGCAGGCUUUCGAUCGCGCAGGCCGUGGUGAGCGCCAACUCGAGGUCCAAAGCUGUGAAUAUUGGAUUGGAGAAAGGGCCCAGCGCAGACGAGGAAGGGUUUGGCGACGGUCAGCCGAGAAUAAAGGUUAUGGGUCGUGAGGUCGCAGUCUUGAAGCGAGGCGGGUAUGAGUGGAAGGGUGACGAAGAGGAAGAGGAGCAGGCUCCGGAAGAAGCAACCGCGGAGAGUGCACCCGAACAAGAGUCUACUACUUCGACACUGCAGGCAGAUGACAGUGCGCCUCAACCGAAAGCUGGCGGGACUCCCCCUACAAACACCUGGUCAACAAGCCGCUCGGUCUCUCUGAGACAGUCUACAUUUGUCGCGCGUGCCACGCAUAUGACUGAUCCGGCGCAGCGCCCGAACCUGCUGAAGUCACUCUUCAAUACGCAACCUAAUCUCAGGUCAGCGACCCAUAACGUCUGGGCAUACCGCGUCCGUCCCGCAGAGUCUUCCACCAGCACAUACAUCCGCGAAGCAUCCCAUGACGACGGAGAGACUGGUGGUGGCGACUUGUUGUUGCGGGUGAUGCGCGAGACGAAUGCCGUUGAUACCCUUGUCGUUAUGAGUAGGUGGUUCGGCGGCAUCCUGCUGGGUCCGGACCGCUGGCGGCUGAUGAGAAAUGUCGUCACCUCGGCGCUGUCGGAAAGACUUCGAAGGACUGGCAUCGAGGCAAGUCUGGGAGGAGAAGCUGUCUGGGGUCUUGACCUGGAGGCUAUGAGAAACAAGACCAAGGCUGCUGCGUCCGCAGGCGAGCUCGUGACCCAUCAGCCGGAGGCGGCACGGAGUUAUCUGCUACGAAACUUUGCCAGUGCUCCUGUGGACGAUGGCGAUGCAGCCACGUCACCUGCCAAGAAGAAGACGAUCAGGGCGCAGGACGCCGAGAAGGAGGAGAACCUAGGGCUCCUCCUUGGUGCGCUGAGGUUGCUGUUUGAUAGCUGGGCUGACACGCUGGGCGCGCAGGAGCUGGACAGGAGGGCAUGGGGCUGGUACACCGCCGUGCGGCCAGAGGUAGAGAGUGGCCCGUCUGGCUGGGGUGCGAAGGGGACGCUGCGGCUGAAAAGCAUUCUUGAUCUCAGGAGAAAGGCCAGCUAAGUUAGGUAAGCGACGAAAUUGCAUUGUCAUGCUUUGAUGGUGAUUAGAUGACAUAUAUAACCUGAUUUUCCUC